GGGAGGGGGUGGAGCUGGCGGGGGAGCCCCAACAACAACAACAACGGCGGAGGAAGAGGAGCCUCCUCAUCACUGCGGGCGAUGCGUCUCCUGAUCCUGACGGUGCUGCUUGCUGGAGUGACCUGGCCAGAUGUCUGUGAUGCUCUGAAUGUGACAGUCUCACCAGGACCCAGAGUGCAACAUGUGAUUGGAGACAAUGCUACCCUAUUUUGUCAUGUUUCCCAGAAAAGACGAACAGAAAAUCUGCUAGCAGUCCGGUGGGUCUUUGCACUUCCACCUACCCAAGAAUAUCUGAUGAUGAAAAUGACUAAAUUUGGGGUAGUUCAGUACUAUGGAAAUUACACACAUCACUUCCAUAAGCAAAGACUUCAUCUUCUUGAGGAGAGACACAAAACAAUGUACAAAUUUUUAAUCCUGAACCUCCAACAAGCUGAUCAGGGGCACUAUAUCUGCAAAGUCCAAGAGAUUGGCAAACACAGAAACAAGUGGACAGCAUGGUCUAAUGGUAGUGCAGCCACCGAAAUUCAAGUUACUUCAUCCAGAGUUUCAGAUGACUCCACUGCUGAGCAAAACCACACAGCCUGGAAGUUUUUUGAAGACAUAUAUGUCUAUGCUGUGUUCGUGUGCUCCAUAGGCAUAGUCAGUGUUCUACUGUUCACUCUUGUCAUCCUCUGCCAGACCUUGAUCAACAAGAAACGAUCCCGUGUGAAACAUUACUUGGUGAAGUGUUCCCAGAACAGUUUAGGAGAGACAGUCACCAGUGUGACAAGCUUGUCUCCAGUGCAGCCUAUAAAAAUGAAGAGGAAGAAAAUGAAAGCUGAGCAACCUCCUGCUGUUCCAGCCAAAGCACCAAUAUCCAACACCUUUUCUAAGCCCAAGCUUUUGAAACCACAAAGGAAUGUUCUCCUGCCAAAAAUUGCUGAGGAAAAUUUGACCUAUGCUGAACUGGAACUCAUCAAACCCCACCAGGAAGAAAAAGGCAUCGCUACUAUGACUGUCUAUGCUCAGAUUCUCUUUGAGGAAAACAAGAUGUAAAUGCCUACCCAGAGCAGACCCUCGUAUACUAGGACAUAUUUAAAGCUUUCUAUGUUGUUUAUUUAUAAAAUGUCAUACAGGUGUCAUUUUAAAAACUUCAUUCUUCUGUUUUUAAUUAGAUUUUUAAAAUUGUACUUCAAAUGAAUGAGGUCCAGUAAAACCUGUUUUACCUGGCAGUUGGGAGUACUGGAAUCUUCUAAUGUUUCGCUCACUUUUCUUUGAAUGAUUUUGCUUUUUUGUUGUGUUCAGUUAUAAAUGUGGCCCAGGCUGUGGAACAGAUCUAGCUUCUCAGCUCAUGCAGCAUUCUGGAUUAAGAAUCUAUUCAUAUUAUUGUAUUUUCCAUAUCUAGGAAGACUUCUGUAAGAACUUCCCAGGGAAAUGCUGGCUGCACAAAAACAUAACCAACAUGGGGAAAGGUUAGCAGAUUGGCAAAGUAAGCAUAUGAUGCCACAGGAAGGAAGAAAUGUUGGCCAUAUGUCGAUAGGCAAACAAUGGAGAGACAAAGGAAGGGGACAAAGGGAACAACAAUGACUAAUAUACGACAACCCCCCCCCAAGACCUUUGCUCCUUCACCUCCAGAAGGGCUUCCCUGUAGUAAGGGUGCUGCUCAAAUGAUUCCUCAACAUGCUGGGUGAGUCUAGAUGGCAUGAAAAAUGCCGAACUGUAAAUUGGAUGAAAUAAACUGAAUUGGUGAGUUUGGAUUACAUGACCAAUGUCAGCUUGUCGCCUUCCCACCGGAAACUGGGCUUGCUAUUGGACUCAGGUUCAGUAUUUUCCAUGUCAUCUAACUUCGCUAUCUGUUCUUUGCUAAUCAGGCUUGGUAAUGUCUUCUGUUCUGUUGUUCACAACUGAACUUGUCUAAGGAAGGACAAUAGGUUUUUGUCCCUCAAGGUCACAGACUAUUUCUAGUUGCUUCUUUAGUGGCAACUUUAUCUUCUUAUCAGGUGUGCUUCUAUUUGCCUUAGUCUCAUUCUUAGACAGGAAUUUUAUUCUUCUGCUAUUGCAGCCAACAAACUACACAUUCAGCUCUGUUGCUUGUUGGUUUCUGUAUAUUGUAGAUUCAUAGGGCAAUAUAGGGCUAUAUAUAUGAAUGAUGCAAUAUAGCAUCAUAGGGCUGCAAGAGGUCAGAAGGCACUCAAAUCCACCAUGUAUAUAGCUAUAGUGGGGUGGGGUGUGGGGACAAAUGUCCUUGGGCCACUGAUGACUGGGACUUCUGGGGGACACCCUUGCUUGUUGACUGGGCACUCAGUGUCGCCAUGCGGCCAAGCAUGGGACCCCUAGCCCUCAUAACCCCCACUGGCUAUCUGGUUCUCUGCUUGCCUUCCUUGGCUGGCCAUGAUGCAGUCCCUGUAAUGUGCCAGUCACAUCGUUAGAUCAUGGCCUGGCAAAAGGAACAGGAUGAGCAGCCAGGCAGAGGGUGAGCAGCAAAUAGAGCAUGAGUAGCAGGUGAGUGGUGGUGGAUGGUAAUAGUGAUGGUGCCCACUUCAAAUCUUAUCUCGGGACCAUUAUCACUACAUCACUGAAAUCCAUCAACACAUAGAACCAUCCAUAUAUCGGACCACAGAACCAUGCGUUGUGUUGCACCAAGGAAUCAGAUGGUUCUUGCAAACUAUUAUGUGCUCUCUCGCUCUUUCUCACACACAAACACAGGUAGCCCUUGUUACCCAUGGUUUCAACAAUUGCAGUUUGGCAUAUACUUGGACAGGUUUUAGAGACCUGGUUUCUUUAUACACAGUAUAAAAACUGGCUAAUAUUCACCUAUUUGUGGGUUUGAAUGGCCAGAAAGGACCCAGAAAGGACUUCCAGUGCAGAGCCAUUGUGUGGCUCUUUUUUCCAAACAAAAAUUUCCCCAUGAUUUUUUGUGGAAAAUCAGAGGGCUUGGGAGAGCAAGGUAGAGUAAUUAUGUCUCUUUUUUCUUCCUCUUCCCUGCCUUUUUCUCUGUUUUUUUUUUUUUUUUUUGUAGGAACCUAACCCCUGGAUUCUCAUAGAUGUAAAUUUUUGUUAUUCCCAGACUACCUGAACACUACUUUGGAAAGAACAUCUUGUGUUGCAACAUUUUGCAUGCAAUUUGCUGGACCUAUUUUGCUGGGUCAUUUAUGACCUAUUGUUAGGUAUCUUGUAAUGAUACCUAACAUGAUUGUUAUGUAUCAUUACAAUACCUAACAGUCAUGUGCACUUCAGUAUGAUUCUGGCAGGAGAGGUGUGUGAGCAAAAACCACCUCAGAAAUUAUUCUCACUGGAUCGUGGCAAUCAUCUGCAUAUUUUCAAAGAUAUCUCAGUUACUAUGAGGGUUGGGAAUGCUUUUUUAUAAAUGAAAGCUAAAAUUCCCAGGAAUCAAACUGGGAAGAGCAAAUAUGAAGUCUCCUUCACAGACAUCUUCUUUUACCUGGCUAUGUUUAUUAGCAGACAGACAGAGCAGGCCGUGGUGAGCUGCUCCCCAACUCCUCCCAUCUGCACCGCAUGGUAAAGUCUUCCUGCAUCUUUGCUGUGCACAGAAGGGUAUCCCCACCAUUACUAAUGUUAUCCCACAAAUCAUUUUACUCAGAAACUAGAUGCAGGGUUUUACUGCAUCUGAUCUCAAACAUAAGAACAGCCCUGCUGGAUCAGGCCCAAGGCCCAUCUAGCCCAGCAUCCUGUUUCACCAAGUGCCUCUGAGAAGCCCACAGCAAGCGGUGUGGGCAUGCCCUCUCUCUUGCUGUUGCUCCCCGUAACUGGUUUUUGCACCAGACUGCCUGACUGUGUUGUAGUGCCAGGGUUGUGCGGUGGCAUUGUCCUGGCACAGUCAGGUGUACAGCCCAUCCCAAUGGCUUACAUGCUGCUCCAGCAAGCCUUAAAGGCAGGUGGGGUCAGGGUCCAAAAAGGUCCAAAAGCAAAACCUAGGUUCAAAAGCAGCCCAGACCUGAAGGGCCUCGGAGGUUGCCCCUGCCCUGAGACCCACCUUAAUUUUUUUUAAAAAAAUCCCUGCUGCUGUGACUCCUGUCUCUAGGGAGGUUUCAGAUGAUUGGGGGGGGGAUCCCCAGAGCCCCACCGCUGCCCUGCACCUGUCCCACUGCUGCCUGUGACAAUAUUUGUCAACUUCACCACCAGGGGUCAGGGGUGAGCAGCCUGCCCGUCACUGGCAUGCGACAUUCCAUAUUCACACUGCACAGACGCACCUGUGAGGCAGGCUGCCCCCACCACAGGGGCAGGGGGGAGGCCUGCUCCAAUCACCCCCCGGCAUUGAAGAUGGCAAAUAUCAGCAGGGGGGGGUAGGGCAGUGGUGGGUGUGGACAGGGCUCUGGGAAGCCCCCCAAUCAUUUGGAGCCCACAGACGUGGUCCCUGAGGUCCAUGGCUAAAUCUGCCUCUGGGUGGGGUUAGUUCACAAGCAUCAUAUAAGUUCCUGAAAUAAAACCAUUGAUGCAUAUUUCUUCUGUAGGAAAUACUUUAAAGAUUCUCCAUUGUUUUCAUUAUCUAUGUAUUCUCAUUUAUUUGUAACUCCCUGGUUCAUUUGUGCUUAAUAAAUGACAAUUUCAAUCA